AUGUCAUCGCCAACCGUACUCAUCGUGGGCGCAGGUCCCGUAGGCCUCACAACAGCCCUCGGCCUCCACCAAAGCGGCGUUCCGCCUCGAGACAUCCUUGUCGUUGACCAAAGGCCAGCUCAAGAUCCUUCAAGAACAUGGUCCAAGGCGAUCAGCAUGAGCGCAAGCAGCCUUGAGGUCUUCCGCAUCCUAGGAAUCGCCGACCGCUUCAUUGGAGUUGGCAGACCGCUGUAUACUAAUCACUUUGGCGGCGGGACCAGGCUUCUUGACCUGAACUAUGAUGCCAUCGGCACCAAGUAUCCGUUCAAUAUGGGUAUCCCGCAGCUCCGAACGGAAGGCAUACUGCUACAGCGGUGCGAAGAGGUUGGGAUACGAUUCUCCUGGAGUCGGCGGUUCUCUACUUUCAGCCAGAACGAAACACAUGUCUUGGCCACAUUUCAAAAGAUAGAUCGGCUUGCAGAUACAGAAGACAAAGAAGGAGAGACCAUAGAAGCGACAUGGUUGAUAGGAUGCGACAGCACUCACAGCGCCGUCCGCGAAGCAGCCGGAAUUUCGUUUGAGGGUACCACGGCGACACGCUACACCUGGCUCGCCGAUGGCCAUUGCGAUACAGACGCACCAGUCAUGCUCACUGUGCGGGAUAAAGAAGGCAAAUCCCUGGUCAUAGCAUCGGGCGAUGGGCCGACCGGUCGCCGGCUCAUCGGAAAUGCUCCUCUGAUCGCCAAGUCUCCUGACGAGCGACCCACUGCCCCAAACGAAAACGAGGUCCGUGAUUGGGCAGUGAAGGUUUUUGGCAGUCAUUACAACUUCCAUGGCAUGACAUGGUCAUCCGUCGUUGGAAACGGAAUGCGAAUCGCAGGCAGCUUUCGGGCUGGGCGCGUGUUUCUUUCAGGCGAUGCCGCCCAUCAACUCUUCCCGUCUGGGGGCCAGGGAAUGAACACGGGCCUCGUUGAUGCAACCAACCUCGCCUGGAAGCUUGGAGCGGUAAUUACUGGAAAGCUUGGGGCAAACCACGAAGUCAUUGAGCGAGUCCUGGAUAGCUACACUAUAGAGCGCCAAACUUCAGCCGAGGCUGUGGCUCAGAAUGUGCGAAUGCAAAUGCAGGUCCUCUUUGAAUAUACAGAAGAUGAAAGGGCGGUUUCUGAAUUCAUAACUGAGGCGCUUCAUGAGCCAUCUCUGAAUAAGAGGUGGGCUCAGCGGUUCACAGGAUUUGGGGACCCGGUCGAGCCGUAUCAGCUUGCAUUUGCAAGCAAAGGAACGACGGACAGCAUUGUUGGAACGCGACUCACACAUAUCGCGGAUGGGAACGAGGAUGUCCUUCUCGAGGCCAUGAAAAAAGGAAUCUUCGUCCUUGCUGCUAUCGGUGGAUCAGGUUGCAAGCCCGUAAAUUUUGGAAAAUUCAAGGACACUGUCAGUCAAGCUAGGCUUAAUGAUCGAGUCAAUGUACUCGAGGUACCGGUGACAACCUCUGGGGAGAAGUGGAAGUCUGUCAAUGCUCUGCUUGUCCGGCCUGACUUCCGAGUGGCUUGGGUUGCCAGAAAUGAUGACGAGAUAGAGAGGAAUCAAGCCAACUUGGCAAGUGUUCUCAAAUGGUGGUUUGGCUAG